GUUCUGUCCUCAGCUGAAGCAUUAUAAUAUAUUCACGCAGCCCAAUACCCUCACGACUGGCGCUUUGAACUCCUUCGCUUCCUGACUAUUGAAACAUUUUGAUCGUCCUCAAUUAUUCAUACGGUUCUUGCAAGCAAUCUCUCGACCAAAGCAAUUCCCACAGUGGCCCGUGAGAUACGCAUCAAACGAAAGCUUGAGCUCGCAGCAUUCUUGCUCGCAGUCCAGAAACGAACGCCCAGCAAUAUGUCUCGGACUCUUCAAAGACGACCCAUUGAGGCUCUUCCUGCGCCUCAGGUUCGAGACGGCAUUGAAAUCAUUGAAAGCUUUAUGAAAAGGUACGAGAGAACCUCGAGGGAUUGGUAUGAAAACAUUGCACAAAAGGCAAGGAGUACAUGCGAAAAGCUACUCGAAGGAAGGGUUGAAGCUAUGUAUGAGCAUCGUGCGAAAGACCCUAAAUCCUUGAGGGAUAAGCUGUACAAGAGGCACCCGGACUUUGUCCGUAAAUCUGUUUUAGACAGAUACGGAACCAGAAAGGCUGUCCCUGGAAGCGAGAAAGGCUACCGGAACCAUGAAGAUAUCAAAGAAGACGUCAUUGACUUUGCUGGAGUUCGAAUCAUCAUCUACUUCCCUCACGCGGACCAAUGGAACGUCGUUCACUCAAUGAUCAAGAACGCCUUCGACGUCCGCAAAGAGCCAGAAAUAGACGAUAUUGAUAGCGCAAAUGUCAAUCUACUUUAUCCAGGCCUCAAGAAACGACAUUAUCGUGUCAAUAUUCGAGAAGAAGAAUUCGAGACAGGUCACGAUCCAAACGACAUCUGCGAGAUCCAAGUUCGAUCUACAGCCAUGCACGCUUGGGCAAUGAUUAGCCACAAACAUUUUUACAAGCCCCAAGAUGAUUUCACGUUAAGUGGGGAGGAGAAGGACAUACUGAUCAGUCUCAAUGGCCAUGUACACUCACAAGAGUUACUCCUUGGGCAUCUGUGGGAACUUAGAAGAAACCGUGUGACACCUUUCAGAAGUAAACACGAGCUCGGAAAAUAUCUGGAGGACAACAUACCUCAACCGGAAGUGAACUUCGAGCGGAAACAGAAGAUCAAGAGCAAUAACCGCGACAUCAAAUUGAUAUCAAACAACGGGACCCUAGAGAUCCUUAGAAGAUUCCUGGAGUUGGCUGGCAAAGACACACCAGAGAAAUUGGAACCUGUGCUCCAGAGUCUGGACUUUUCUGAUCUCAAAGCCGAGAAUGAUAGCCCUAGAAGGAUGAUCAAAGACCGAUUCUUCGCACACCAAAAGCUCAAACCGUCCGUGUACAUCAUCAAACAUAUCCUGGAUAAGGAACGUUUGGCAGGCAGUGCUAUAAAGUAUCGCUACACACGGUAUAGUUCCUAUUCGGCUAAAUUUGCCGUUGUGGCAAGCUCUCUCAGCUGGGUCCAUAAACUUUUCAUGGAGUAUCAGAUCAUCGAGGAACUUCUUUGCGACAAUGAAAAUCAGCACGAGUUCGCAAAGUACAUGGAUUUCAUCUACAAUUCACCUGACCGAACCACUAUUCUGGAACACACUGAAGAGGAUAUGUGUACUCCGCAGCAUAAAGCAGCCAUCGAUGGCUUGUGGGAAUGGUUCGAGAAACACGAGAGUCCGGCAUUUGCCUUGGUUUUUGAAAUCUCCAGGAUAGGGGUACUCGAAGAUCUUCCUAGGAAUCUUUCAAAGAUAUUUUUUUCGAUAAGAUAUACAUCACAGUGAUGCAGGUUCAGGUUCAACAGAG